UCCAGAAGACGUCGUUUAUCCUCCAUACCGCAGGGCGGCGCAGUGUCCGUGAGUUCACUUGUGUUCCGGCUCAAAGGUUGUUUACAUCCUCGUGUCGUCAGUGCUGUGAGGCCGUAAACUUCUACAAGCGAGGAUCAAAUAAACCAAUCAUGUCGUACACGUGCAUCAGCUGCCGUGUGCAGUUCUCUGAUGGGGAGGUCCAGCGGGCACAUUAUAAAACCGACUGGCACCGCUACAAUCUAAAGAGAAAGGUUGCAGACAUGCCUCCGGUCACUGCAGAAAACUUCCAGGAGCGAGUGCUGGUGCAGCGGGCGGCAGCCGAGCAGCAGAGCCAGAGCAGCGGACAGAGCUCAGCCUACUGCACCACCUGCAACAAGAAAUUCUCCACUGACAAUGCUCACAGCAAUCACAUCCAAUCCAAUAAGCACCAGCAGGCUGAGAGGAAAGCCCUGGCCGCCGCCCAGGAGACUGUCCAGCGAAUGAACGAGAAGAAUCUGGAGAAAGGGGCGGAGCUAGAUAAAGACGCACAGAACGAAGCACUUCAGAAAGCACUCGGGGUGCAGCAGAGACACACCCCCUCUAAAGCCACAGAGAAACGGGUCACAAUGCGGCCAGACAAACCACCUCGGCUGCAGUGGUUCGAGCAGCAGGCCAAGAAGAUCACAGCGGAGGAGGGUGAAGAAGAAGAGGAGGAGGAGGAAUGGGAGGAUGUUGAUGAGGAUGAGGAUAUGGAUGGUGAUGAAGAAGAGGAGGAGGACUCCACAUCUGGGGCAGCUCUGGCCCCCGGGGCAAUCCCAGUGACAGACUGUCUGUUCUGCGGACAUCAUUCACACUCACUCACCCGAAACAUGACACACAUGUCCAAAACACACAGUUUCUUUCUCCCUGAUAUUGAGUUUCUGGUGGACCUGAGAGGACUUAUUUCAUACCUAGGAGAGAAGCUUGGUGUUGGUAAGGUGUGUUUAUGGUGUAAUGAAAAAGGGAAGUCAUUCUAUUCUACUGAAGCGGUUCAGGCACACAUGACCGACAAGAGUCACUGCAAACUAUUCACAGAUGGAGACGCCACACUUGAGUUCGCUGACUUCUAUGACUUCAGGAGCAGUUAUCCUGAUGCUAAAGAUGGAGAUGAUGUGGAGAUGAAGGAUGGUGAACUGCCUGAUGAAAAGGCUGUAGAGUUUGAUGAUGAGACGCUGGAGCUCACUUUGCCCUCAGGUGCUAAGAUUGGCCAUCGCUCCCUAAUGAGGUACUAUAAGCAAAGGUUUGGUGUUCAGAGGGCGUUGGUUCCAGCUCAUAACCAGAAGGCUGUUGGUCGAGUCCUUAAACAGUACAAAGCACUUGGAUGGGCAGGAGACUUUGGUAAAGGCUUUGUGAGCCAGCAGCAGAAGGACAUGCAGUAUAUGCGGAGGAUGAAGUCCAAGUGGAUGCUGAAGAUGGGCAUGAACAGUAACGCCACCAAACAGACCCAUUUUAGAGCUCAAGUCAUGUUCUAAACCAAUCAACCUUCAGCACUAGUAGACAUUCAACUUUUCAGAGUUCAUAGCCGUAUUCUGUGUGUUGAUUCAGCUGAGAUGUGAACUGCUGCUAAGGUGGAACAUCAUACAUGAAUGUUUAAGGCAACAUCCAUAGUGUAUAAGGAAACAUUGUGCUUUAGAUAUCCAAAUCAUGGAGAUUCAAAUUAUGUGCUUUUCCAGCAUCAACAUGAGAUUGCUGUUCAUAAUGACCUUUAUUACCAUUUCCAAGUUUAAUACUCCUCGUAAAAGACAAAACAUUAUGUAGAACAACUUCAGAUUUAUAAUACUGUAUAAAUUAUCAAUAAAACGAGCAAUGCCUGA